UGUGAUUUUAUAUUUUCAGAACGUGAAUGUGAUCAUGGUUGACUGGAGUAAGGCAGCUGAUAACAUAGACUACGAUCAGGCCAGAGCUGAUACACGCGUGGUAGGUGUCCAGGUCGCAAGGCUAAUCGAACGCCUCAUUGAUGAGACUGGUGUUUCCUAUGAGAGCAUUCAUCUUAUAGGACAUAGUCUUGGUGCCCACACUGCUGGCUACGCUGGUGAAGCUCUGUCUGGGAUGGUUGGAAGGAUCACAGGUCUGGACCCGGCUGGUCCUGAGUUUGGUGGAUCUUUAACCAGUGCUGAGUGCAGACUAGACCCAACAGAUGCCAUGUUUGUUGAUGUUAUUCACACUGAUGGUGAAAUAAUCGUCGCAGGGGGCUUCGGUCUAAUGGACGAGCUUGGGCAUCAGGAUUUCUAUCCAAACGGUGGUGAAUCUCAACCUGGCUGUGUUAUUAAUCCGGUAUGCGAUCAUAUGCGUGCCCUUGAUCUCUUCUUCGAAUCCAUCACCAACUCGCCCACAACAAAAUUCACCUCAAUGAGAACAGCUAUUGAUUGGCAUCGCAUGGAAGAAGGCGACUACUUGCAAUGCAACCAAACAGUUUCGUGUCCCACUAUGGGUUAUUGGGCCGAAAAGAGAAAGGGUGAUGGUGUCUAUUACCUUGAGACAAAGGAAGAACCACCAUAUAGCCUGAGUUGAUGAACAAAAUUUAAAAAAUAGUUGUUUGGAGAGUAUGUUAUACAGUGUUGGUUAAAAUUGCCCUAUUUAUUCUAAUAGAGUGUUUCUCGUGUUUUUCUAAACAUGCUCCAGAAAACUACAAUUAAAUAAAGCGAAAUGAAAAGGAAACUAACAAGAAAAACUCUUAAGCCUGUUAAAUGAUUAAAGGGCAAGUCCACCCCAGGAAAAACUUGAUUUGAAUCAAUAAAGAAAAAUCAAACAAGCAUAACCGCUGAAAAUUUCAUCAAAAUCGGAUGUAAAAUAAGAAAGUUAUGAAAUUUUAAAGUUUCGCUUAAUUUUCACAAAACAGUUGUAUGCACAACUCAGUGAUAAUCAAAUGAAAUAGUUGAUGAGGUCACUCACUAUUUCUUUUGUUUUUUAUUGUUUGAAUUAUACAAUAUUUCAAUUUUCACAGAUUUUACAAUAAGGACCCUCUUGGUUGAGCCACAAAAUGUUAAAACAAUUGCAAUUCCACAUGUUCAGUAAGGAAUAAAACUUUGUUUCUCAUGACAAUGAGGAGAAUAUUGAAAUAUUCCAUAUUUCAUAAAAGAAAAUACAAACUAAAUAGUGAGUGGCCUAUAUACGUCAUCGGUUGUAUAAUUUGCAUACCUACCAGGAUGUGCAUCUGAAAUUAGGCGAAACUUUGAAAUAUCAUAACUUUCAUAUUUUUCUUCUGAUAUUGAUGAGAUUUUCAGUGUUAUUCUUGUUUUAUAUUUCUCCUGUUAUUCUAAUCAACUUUUUGUUGGGGUGGACUUGUCCUUUAAUAAUAAAAAUAAUAUGUCCGAUAGCGCUGUUACUUUGUGCAUAAUUAUACUCAACUGCGCUUUGAUUCGGUGCUAUAAAGCGUCAAGAUUUUGUUACUAGUUCAUCACUCUGUCUACUCUGUUUCCCCCUUAUACCUGUGCAACUCAAUUUCUCGAUAUUGCCCGACACGAAGUCUUCGUUCUUCAUCAGAUACAUUGUUGCUUCAGAUACCAAGAACCAGACACACAUGGGGGGAUAGGGCUUUCUCUGUCAUGGGUCCAAAACUCUGGAACGAACUCCCGCUACGAAUUCGACAGUUGUCUUCUACAGAAUCAUUCAAAUCCCAACUAAAAACCUAUCUAUUCCCCUGAAAUGAUUAAUUUAAUAAUUUAAUUUGCCUUGUCCAGGAGAUAUUUUAUUUCAUUAUUCUUUCUUUUUCU